AGAACAGUCCCGUUUUCCCGGGCAAAACGGAAACUGUAACAGUCUCUGUUCUGUUCUGUUUUUUUUUCCCAAUAAAAAUGAAAAUAAAUAAGUAAAUAUUAAGUUUCUGUGUGCUUUCUCGUGUUUAUAUAUCCAAACAAAUGAAUGUGUUCAACCCUCACUCUUCUCUCCUUCUUCCCUCACUCUCUCUCACUCAGAUCCACCAGAGCAGUCAUGGAGAUGCAAUGACAAUCUGAUUGUGAUUCGUUUUCCGAUUAGCAGCAACGAGGAUAUGGAUUUGUUCUGCGGAGAGUCUUCCUCCGGCGAAUCAACGGCUGAGUUCUCGUCGGAGGAGGUUGAAUCAUGGCCUGAUGAUUCAAUCGCGAGCUGUAUCGAGGACGAGAGGCACUUCGUUCCAGGACUUGACUAUCUCUCUAGGUUCCACUCUCAAUCUCUCGACGCUUCCGCUAGAGAAGAGUCUGUCACGUGGAUACUCAAGGUACAAGCGUAUUACAGCUUUCAGCCUUUGACGGCGUACCUCGCCGUUAACUAUAUGGAUCGGUUUCUCUACGCUCGCCGAUUACCGGAAACGAGUGGUUGGCCAAUGCAACUUUUAGCAGUGGCAUGCUUGUCUCUAGCUGCCAAGAUGGAGGAAGUUCUCGUUCCUUCUCUUUUCGAUUUCCAGGUUGAAGGAGUGAAGUAUAUAUUUGAAGCAAAGACGAUACAAAGAAUGGAACUUCUUGUUCUGGAUGUGUUGGAUUGGAGACUAAGAUCUGUUACACCCUUCAGCUUCCUCAGCUUCUUCGCUUACAAGAUCGAUCCCUUAGGAACCUCUCUCGGGUUCUUUCGCUCCCAUGCCACCGAGAUUAUACUCUCCAACAUUAAAGAAGCGAGCUUUCUUGAGUAUAAGCCAUCGAGCAUAGCUGCAGCUGCGAUUCUCUGUGUAGCCAACGAGCUCCCUUCUCUAUCCUCUGCUGCAAAUCCCCACGAUAGCCCUGAGACUUGGUGUGACGGAUUAAGCAAAGAAAAGAUCGUGAGAUGCUACAAGCUGAUGAAAGCAAUGGCGAUAGAGAAUAAUCGGAGAAAUUCACCAAGAGUGAUAGCAAAGCUUAGAGUGAGCGUAAGAGCAGCAUCCACGUUGAUGAGGCCAAGUGAUGAAUCCUCCUCCUCCUCAUCUUCUCCAUCUAAAAGGAGGAAACUAAGUGACUACUCAUGGAUUCCCAAUGAGAAGAAAGUAAAAAAAUAUAUAUGAAAAAGUGAGUGAAUGUAGACGACACACGUGUGAGAGGAAGAUCAUGAUUGAGUGUGUGUGAGAGAGAAGGGGCACAUGAUACAUUACAGUCACAGGUAGUGGUGUUGAUAAGACGGGGGAGCGUAUGAAAAAGAUUUCGAGUGAAAGCUUGAAGAUUUCAGACAGAGAGAGAAGCCUUUGUCUUAAUGGAUCGCAGCAGUUUGUGGGCCCUAAGCUCCUUUGCGAGUAUAUACACUAUUUGUUUUUUUGAUUCGUUUGUGUGCCGACUGCACGUGCCGGAGGCGUGUGUCGCACGUGUUUUUGUUUGUUUCUUUCUCUUCAAAUCUUUUAUUUUUGGCGGGAAGUUUUGUGUUUUGAUUUACAUUUACAUGCACCUGCUGCUCUUACUGGGGUUUGAGCACGGUGUUUUUUUCUCAUAUCUUAUGCAUGCGUGUAAGGCGUCACGUGUGUAUAUAUAAAUUUAUUUUUUCUUUAUAAUUUUAAAAAUGUCUUUCAGUUUCG